AUGGCUGAAAACAAUUAUUUCAAAAAUUACAACACACGGAUCGCGCCCCUGGUGGGGAUCGGUCCGUCACCGCCUAGACGGCCGCGAUCGCGGGUGUCUCGCGUCCGCCUCUCUCCCAGGAGUUGGCUUCGGGGUCUCCGGAAGCCGCAGUUAGUGACGGGAGGCGAAAGUUUCGGCCGCUUUCUCCAGGAGCACUGUCCCGUGGUGACGGAAACUUACUACCCGACCGUCUGGUGCUGGGAGAGCCGAGGACAGACGCUGCUGAGGCCUUUCAUCACCGCCAAGCCCCCGGUGCUCUACAGGAAUGAACUUAUUAAAACUGUGGAUGGAGGACAGAUUUCCCUGGACUGGUUUGAUAAUGAUAACAGUGCAUAUUAUAUGGAUGCCAGCACCAGACCCACCAUCUUAUUGCUGCCCGGCCUCACUGGAACAAGCAAGGAAUCCUAUAUCCUUCAUAUGAUCCGUCUCAGUGAAGAAUUAGGAUACAGAUGUGUGGUUUUUAACAACAGAGGAGUGGCGGGAGAGAAUCUCUUGACACCCAGGACCUACUGCUGCGCCAACACUGAAGAUUUGGAGACGGUGAUUCACCACGUGCACAGCCUGUACCCCGCUGCUCCUUUCCUGGCGGCGGGGGUCUCGAUGGGAGGAAUGCUGCUUCUAAAUUACCUGGGCAAAACUGGGCCCAAAACUCCUCUGAUGGCAGCCGCGACGUUUUCCGUGGGCUGGAACACUUUCGCUUGCUCAGAGUCCCUGGAGAAGCCACUGAACUGGCUGCUCUUUAAUUACUACUUGACCACCUGCCUCCAGUCUUCCGUUAAUAAGCACCGGCAUAUGUUUGUAAAACAAAUUGAUAUGGACCACGUCAUGAAGGCUAAAUCUAUCAGAGAGUUUGAUAAGCGUUUCACGUCGGUCCUGUUUGGUUACCGAACCAUCGACGAUUAUUACACGGAUGCCAGCCCUAAUCGCAGGCUGAACUCCGUCGGGAUCCCAGUGCUGUGCCUCAAUUCUGUGGACGAUGUUUUCUCUCCCAGCCACGCCAUUCCCAUAGAGACUGCAAAGCAGAACCCCAAUGUCGCCUUGGUCCUGACGUCCUACGGAGGCCACAUCGGCUUUCUGGAGGGGAUCUGGCCCAGGCAGUGCACGUACAUGGACCGCGUCUUCAAGCAGUUCAUGAAGGCCAUGGUGGAGCACGGGCAGGAGCUGGACUGCACGUAGCGCUGUCGGUCCGUCUGGGCCGCUGUGCACAGACCUGGCACAGACCUGGCACAGGGCCCCCGGGAAGGAAAGCAGCCUCAGCAGAGGACCAGGAGGAGGAGCGGAAGCUCGUUUUUAGGGACACAAAACCACUUUGUAGCAAGACAUGGACCUAGUUUAGAUCGUUACUUAGGUAGACUUUAUUUUUCCUAUGCCUUACCAAGUAUGACCUUAAAUAAAGUAGACCUUCCACACAUGGAAUUGCACUUAACCAAAACUAUUGUGUAAACAGUUUAAUUCCUCAGGGUUUUAAUUUAGGCUAGUGUUUUUUUAGAUGACUCAUUUUAGGUGACUUAAUGGUACUUUACUAAGAGUUCAGAGAUUGUAGUGGUUUGGACGUACGCUAUAAGGGGGCACAUGCCUAAGGGUAUUUUUAUUUUAAUGAUGAUAACACGAAACAAGAUAAACUUCAAUGCACUAAAUCUUUUAUGUAUCCUCACUUUAAAGGCAAGUGCAACAAUGUUAGACUAACUUCUACACAUUGUCUUUUACUCUGGUAAUAUUAAAUUAGAGCUGAUUUGUGUUUCAUAACACUUAUGAUUUACUGGCUUAUUUUUAAAAUAGUAUACGUGAGCACAUAUAUAUGUAA